ACACGGUCUAUUUCGCAUUUCGUUACUUUAAAAUCGUUAGGCAGGCCUGAAAGAAUCAUUUAAAAAAAUUACUGAAUGAACCACCCAUCUCUGGUGGGUAGUGGCGUUCAGCUCGUAUUUUUUACACCCUGGAACAGCACUCUUAUCUCGUGAUUCAUGAUGCUGCGCAAGUGAUGUUAUUUUUUUAAUAGAUCCGCGCAAGUAUGAAUAGGCCUACUUUAUCUACUGUAAAUUCUCAAGACAGGUAAUGUAUUUUUGUUUUGUUUUACGACUCACAACUCUGCUCUCAGCACAGCGAACAAUGAAUAAUACUGGAAAAACUGCACUGUAAGCGGCCCUCAGGCAACAGAGGACCAGGUCUGGCCACCCAGGCCCAGGGAGGGUGCAGGGUUCUGGGUGUAGGGUGCCCUGGCCACUGGGCCUAUGGAGCGGAUCCACUGGGUGAGACACCGCUGGCAGCAGCUGGUGGCUACAGAGUCAGGUCGAGGCCGGUACUCGGCCCCUGCCGCCCUACCCACCAAGAGUUCCCCAGUUCUCCACAACACACAGCAGCUCACUGGCAAACGGAGGACGGUCAUUGCCCGGCACGGACCCUACCAGCAUGAGUAUCACAGCAUCUCCAAGGGAUGCCAGGGCAACGGCAUCCGCACCACCAAGUACAGCCUUCUGAGCUUCAUUCCCAUGAACCUGUUCCAGCAGUUCCACAGGGUGGCCAACCUGUACUUCCUGUUCCUGGUGAUGCUGAACUGGAUCCCAGUGGUGGAGGCCUUUCAGAAGGAGAUCACCAUGAUUCCCCUGGUAGUGGUGCUCAUUGUCAUUGCCAUCAAGGAUGCCCUGGAGGACUACCGCCGCUACCGAUUUGACCAGAAAGUCAACAACAACAUCGCCACAGUGUACAGCGGGAAACAGCAGAUGUAUGUGGACCAGUGUUGGCAGGAUGUCCAUGUGGGGGACUUUGUCCGUCUGUCCUGUAAUGAGAUCAUCCCUGCAGACAUGCUGCUGCUGUACUCCUCUGACCCCCACGGUGUCUGCUACAUCGAGACGGCCAACCUGGACGGGGAGACCAACCUCAAACAGAGACAAGUUGUCAGAGACCUGCCACAACAGGGUUCUGAGUUGACUCCAGAGAACUUCCACAGCUACAUUGAAUGUGAGAACCCCAACAACGACCUCAGCCGGUUCCGAGGUUACAUGGAGUACCCCAGUAAGGCUCGUGUGGGCUUACACAACAACAACCUCCUCCUGAGAAGCUGCACCAUCCGCAACACAGAGACCGUCAUAGGCAUCGUGGUCUAUGCAGGUCACGAGACCAAAGCCAUGAAGAACAACAGUGGACCGAGGUAUAAACGCAGUAAACUGGAGCGCAGGCUGAAUGUGGACGUGCUGUGGAGCGUUGUCCUGCUGGUCAUCAUGUGUCUGACCGCGGCUAUAGGCCAUGGUCUCUGGCUCAGGAACCAGAAGGAAGCUUCCUUUCUGAUCCCUGACACCACGUCUCCUGCCCUGUCUGGCUUCUACCUGUUCUGGACCAUGAUCAUAGUUUUACAGGUGCUCAUCCCUAUCUCCCUGUAUGUGUCCAUCGAGAUCGUCAAACUGGGUCAAAUCUUCUUCAUCCAGAACGACAUAGACUUCUAUAAUGAGUACCUGGACUCCAGGAUCCAGUGUCGGGCCCUGAACAUCACAGAGGACCUGGGUCAGAUUCAGUAUGUGUUCUCAGACAAGACUGGCACGCUGACGGAGAACAAGAUGGUGUUCCGGCGCUGCACCAUUGCUGGGGUGGAGUACCCCCACGAGGAAAAUGCGCGGAGGCUUGAAGUGUACGAGCAGGAGGAGGAUGAGGCGAAGGGUCGCUCCCACACGCUCAAGUCACGUGCCAGCGCCAAGUCCCUGAGCUGCAAGUCACUCAGCUGCAACCGCAGCUCUGUGUCCCUGCACACACUGACAGGCCACUCUGAGGGGGAGGGAGAAGAGUCCCCCAGCCCCAUACUGCCCCGACACAGCGCCUUCAGCAGCCCCAUGGAGAAGGAUGUAGUCCCGGACCCUCUCCUGGUGCAGAAGCUGAACUGUCUGUCCUCCCCGCUCUUCCUUCUGAGGGACGCCAGUAUGGAGCUCACCUACAUUGUUGACUUCUUCAUGGCUCUGGCCAUCUGCAACACGGUGGUGGUGUCCUCACCCAACCAGCCCCGCCAUGUGGUCCAGGUGCCUGAGGUCUCCUGUACCCCCCUUAAAUCCCUGGAGGACAUCAAGAUGCUGUUCCAGCGUUUCGGCCUCCCCCGCUUCUCCACACUCUCUCCUCCCCACACUACGAAGAGCCCUCGCAGCUUCACACGCAGGCUCUUUGCCAGGGGCAAGGCAGCCUCCUUCACCCCCAGCCCCUCCCCUACCCCAACCAAGCGGGGUACAGAGCCAGAUGGGGAGCCUAACCUUGAGGCCUCUAUCCUGAGUAUCAAACCAGGGUUGGAUGGGGCCCCUGGAGAGGAUGGGGACCAAGGGUAUGAGGAGGAGGGAGAGCAUGGCUCUUGGAAAGGCGAAGAGGACAAGAUGUUACACCUCAACCCGGGGGCCUGGAGUGGGCUAGAGAACUCUAACGGAGCCCAAGGCCCUCCCGGUGAACCUAGGGCAGACGAACUGAUCUAUGAGGCGGAGAGCCCUGAUGAGGCUGCUCUGGUCCACAUGGCCAGGGCCUACCGCUGCACCCUGCAGGGACGCUCGCUGGAGCGCCUUCUGGUGGAGCUGCCAGGGAUGGGCAGCAUGGCCGUGCGCCUGCUCCACAUCCUGCCCUUCGACUCCACCCGCAAGAGGAUGUCUGUGGUGGUCCGCCACCCACUCACCAACCAGGUGGUGGUCUACACCAAGGGAGCAGACUCGGUCAUCAUGGACCUGGCAGAGUCACCUAAAGGUGCUGAGCAGUCAGACGGGAGACAGGGUCACAUCAGAGAACAAACCCAGAAACACCUAGACAACUACGCCAGGGAAGGCCUUCGCACCCUCUGCAUCGCUAAGAAGGUGUUGGAGGAGGAGGAGUAUGAGGUUUGGUUGAAGCGUCAGGCAUUUGCAGAGACCAGUAUAGAGAACAGAGAGGAGCUUCUACUGGAGUCUGCACAGAGACUGGAGACCAACCUCACUCUACUGGGGGCAACAGGGAUCGUGGACAGACUCCAGGAAGAGGUGCCAGAGACCAUUGAGGCACUACAGAGAGCAGGGGUCAAAGUAUGGGUCCUGACAGGGGACAAACAAGAGACUGCCAUAAAUAUCGCCUGUGCCUGCAAACUACUCAGGUCCACAGACCAACUGCUGACUGCUAACUGUGGUAGCAAGGAGGCGUGCAAGGCCUUGUUGUUAGAGCUGCGGGCGGAGGUGGAGAGUGGGGAGGCAGCUGAGGGCACGUCGGGCUUCACCCUGGUGGUGGAUGGGCGCACGCUGGACUUCGCCCUGCAGGAGGACCUGAAAGGGGACUUCCUGGAACUGAGCCGGCGCUGCAGGGCCGUGAUCUGCUGCCGCUCCACCCCACUUCAGAAGAGCCAGGUGGUACGGCUGGUACGGGACCAGCUCCGAGUCAUGACCCUCGCCAUAGGUGAUGGAGCCAAUGAUGUCAGUAUGAUCCAGGUGGCAGAUGUUGGCAUUGGGAUAUCUGGCCAGGAGGGCAUGCAGGCUGUGAUGUCCAGUGACUUUGCCAUAUCCAGGUUUAAACACCUCCGCAAGCUGCUGUUGGUCCAUGGCCACUGGUGCUACACACGCCUGGCCAACAUGAUUCUCUACUUCUUCUACAAGAAUGUGAUGUAUGUGAAUCUGCUGUUCUGGUACCAGUUCUUCUGUGGUUUCUCGGGGAGCGUCAUGACCAACUCCUGGGUGCUCAUCUUCUUCAACCUCCUCUUCACCUCCGCCCCUCCCCUUCUCUACGGGAUCCUGGACAAAGACGUGUCUGCAGACACCCUCAUUAAGUUACCAGAGCUCUACAAAUCCGGACAGUAUUCCAAGGCCUACCUCCCUUCUACCUUCUGGCUGACGAUGCUGGACGCUCUUUACCAAAGCCUUGUCUGUUUCUUUGUUCCUUACCUUGCAUAUGCAGGGUCAGAUGUAGACAUGCUCUCCUUUGGGUCUCCCAUCAAUGCCUCUGCCCUCCUCAUCAUCCUACUACACCAGGUCAUCGAGAGCCACACACUGACAUGGCUACAUGCGUUAGUGCUGGUGGGUAGUGCUCUCUUCUACUUCUCUUUCACCCUGGUCUUCAGUGUGGUGUGUGUGACGUGUAGCCCCCCCACCAAUCCUCUUGGUGUGGACAAGCUACAGAUGUCCCAACCACUCUUCUACGGAGUGUGUGCCCUCACCACCGUGCUGGCACUGCUACCAAGAUUCCUGUUCCAUGCAUUGCGCAACAGCAUCUCCCCCUCUGACACACUGAAGGCUGCUCUGAUGGACCAGUUCAACCCAGAUGACUACUGUAGGAAGAUGCAGCGCUGGAACCAGACCCAGGCCCAGAGUAAAGCCAGGGGUCUCGUCAUCAAUGUGGAAGACUCAGACAUCAAGAUCCCUGACUUUAUACUCCCUAAAGAGCUGAAGGAAUGCAGCGCUGCCACUGGCUCUGUGCUCUCCUGACCUCACAGAGGCUACAGGAGGUUGCUACCAUAGAAAUAGAAAGAAAAUAAUAGCAUCCCCAUUCAAGUCAUUGAUGGCAUAAUGGGUGGUCAGGUGGCCAUUGUGAGUGUACCCAUCGGAGCAAAGAAGGAAGUAAAAGCAGGAAGUGUACCCAUCAAUCUGUGCUGUGAUUUGUUGAAUCAACUCAACUGACAUCACAAAAAAUAAAUUCCAUUGCAUGAGCUACAUCAGUUAGCAUCAUUUGAAUUAACAUUCUACAUUAACAUAGAAAUUAUUGCAUCACAAUACCAGGCAGCCAUUGUUAUUGUACCCAUGAGUUUACCAGUCAAAUUGCCAGGGUUAGAGGUUCCAAGCCCGUUUUAUUCAUUAUUGAUAUGGUGGCUACAGGGUUCAACCCUAACACCCUUCAAAGCUAGCGUUGCUGGCUGGUGAUGGUUAAGAUCGCCAUGCUGUCUAUCCAGGGGAACGAGAUUGAUGUUUCUCACAUGUGCCUAGAGUUGCAUUAACAUGGAGUCAUGGUCCCUUGAGAAAAUAUUGGUGAUGUGGACACAUAGACAUUCAUAAAUGUGUCUCUGGGGUACGGUAGGACUUCGACACAAUCUGGUGUCCAGGGUGAUGAGGCCCCUUCAUAAUGCACUACACCCGAACCCUGCUAGGCGUGGUGCACUCUGGCCCUCUUCAGUGUGCACUGAGCAUGUAGGGAACAGAAUUCUAUUAGUUAUCAUAGGCUUAGUCCCCAGUAGAUAGGUACUCAGAAGAUUGCUUAAAGGUUGAAUUAGCAACUGUUUACCUCCUCAUCCUGUGACCAAGUAAUGAAUGGGAACUGUGAAACAAUCCAGAUUUGUGACGUGAUAUCAGAAGGUUGACGAGCGUUUUUGUUUUGGUUAUUGUUUUGUUUGUUGUUUGUUCCAUGAAAACAUGUACUGUACUACACUGGUUACAUUCCUCUACUGAAUCACGUUAUGCAAUCACAGAUUAAGUGAGACAAGAUUUGAAUGUUAUUUUUUCUGUAAUUUGCACUGCUUUGUUGAGAAUGGUGGAAUUAUAUGCAGGAGUGUGUGCAAUGUUUGGAAUGUGUUUACAAUCCUUGAGUUGCGUGCACUUAUUUUUAAAGUUAGCAUCAAGCUACGACUCCUUUUGUGUUUAGGCACAGCUCUUCGAUGUUGGUGUUUCUUAAACAAACACUCAAAAUGACAUUGUAAAUUACGCAUAUUAUUGCAUAGGAACCUUGGACACUGGGAGGUCCCAUUGAAGGGCUGGACCAUAUCUAAAUGCUGUAAAGUGGCCUUUUCCUCCUGAAUCACACUUGAAUUCAUUUUGACUGGAGUUUAAAUGGAUUUGGCAUUGACCUGACCUUUCUCACCACUGUUUUCCUCUGAUCUGUAUUCAAAUUGAGUAAAGCAGUCCAUUAAAACAUGGGAUAUAUUUAUUUAACCUUUAUUUUCUCGUUGAGAUACAAUCUCUUUUUCAAGAGAGUCCUGACCAAAGUGGCAGCACACGUUUAGUUACAAGACAAGAACCAAAAUGCUAUGUACAUUUACACACUGAAAAAUUGAAAUGAAAUGUGGGAAGUUGAUUGAGGGCCUGGUGCUUCUAAAGCAAGACAACCAAAAGUGCAACUUAGUAGGCCUAAGUGCAGGAGGAGGAUUCAGGUAUGGCCCUGCUGUAUAUGUGAAGUAGGCAGUGGUGAAAAGUACUUAAAUAAAAAUACUUUAAAGUGCUACUUAA